AUGUCCUUUUUUUUUUUACUGGAGCGCAAGAGCAUAUGUCGUAAAACAAGAUGGUUAUUGCAACUCCAGCUAAGGAAUUACGUUAGUUUUGCUUUACGGCCGUACCACGGACCUCCUGUUUUUAAAAAUCGCAGCAUUGUAAUUUGUUUACAAAUUUGCAUCCCGAUAAAGUGCAUUAGGUAUAAUUAAAACGAGAUGGGAGUAGCGGAUGAAACAGACAGGACUCUCUUUGUUGGAAAUUUGGAUCCAAAAGUGACGGAGGAACUUUUAUUCGAGCUAUUUUUACAGGCAGGACCUCUGUUCAAAGUGAAAAUCCCAAAAGACAAUGAUGGAAAACAGAAAGCGUUUGGAUUUGUCUGUUUCAAACAUGAGGUGUCCGUACCCUAUGGCAUGAACCUGCUCAAUGGGGAAACUCUAUUCGGAAGGAGUCUCAAAGUACAGUUCAGAGCAGGAAGCAGUCACAUUAACAGUCCGGGGCACUCUAAGAAUCAAAGCCCUGUGAAUACUCCCAAUCCACAUGGGGCUGCGGGCAGGUUUGACAAGAGCCCAGACCAGAUGGGCUCCCCAUCAUUUUCACCCUCUCAGCACAUCCAGAGGUCCUUCUCCUCUCCUGAUAGUCUGCAGAGACAGGCCAUGAUGAACAACAUGUGGCAGCUCCAGAUGCAGCAGCUCCAGGGGGUGAAUGGAUGCUUCCCAGCUGGUCUUCUGGGGCAGCCACCACCACAACAGCUACAGCCACAGAGUGGUGGAGGUGGUGGGUCCUGGCAACUGGACAGCUCCUCACAGCGAGGCAACAGGCAGGGGUACCAGCAGGACAGCAGCAGCCACUACGGCAGGGACCAGCGGUACCCAGGAGGCUCUGAUGACACCGGUUCCAACCGCCACCACCGCAGCCAGCGAGAUGACCAGCGAGGUGAACACUAUAACCAUGACGACAGGAGUGGGAGCAGCGGAGGCAACCGUAGCAGAGAUGACAAGUGGAGGGACAGCUCCAGAGAUGGCCGGUGGAGACGAUAAUGAAGCACUAUGGGAAUUUAAGAACAGCAUUGUGAAUAUUUUUCACUUUUUUUAAAGGACAUUUGAGUAUUUUACAGAUUUGUCACAUACUCGGUGUAAAUCCUAAUCAAAACAAUUCUGAAUUUAUAUUGAGAGAAACAUUUUCAUGCUUGAAAUGCAUUUUUAUUUUUUACAAUUGGUUAGUCAUAUGUUUAGGAUGAUAUUGAAAAUAUUUAAAUGCACUGGACUGUGUCCAAGUAAACAAAAUAUUGAUUGGUUAUUUUAAAUUUACUUGAGGUUUUCCACAAUUGUUUUACUGUGAAUUAAAAAAAAAAAAAAAAUGGAGAUUAAAUAGAUUUUUAUACUGUCCCCUGGGGAAUUGUUAAAUCAUUCUACCCUAUUAGUUAUAGCUUUUUGAAGGCAAGGUUUGUUUGAAAAUAUUUGCUGUGUUUGUCAAGUAUUGGUAUUGCUGUGAACAAUUCCUUUUAUACAAGGUAUGGUGCUCAACUGUUUUUAGUGGGAAAUUGCUCAGCUAUUCAGUAAAAAAAAAGUACACUUACAUGCUGACCAGACCGGACACAUCGCGUGCGUCGCAAAAUACAUUUAGAAAUUGUGUUAUUCAAUUAUUGCACCCACACUGCUCGCGCGUGCCAACGAGCUAAAAUAGAACUCCUUUCUAUUUCUGACACAGAUCGUGCUGAAAGUCCUGCCUCUCCCAUCUCCUCAUUGGUUUAUAGAAGCAGGUACCCGUGUGCCAUCUCCUCAUUGGUUAUAUCGACGUGGGUGAUUGAAAUACUAACUGUUUUGCUGGUCGUCAUGGUAAUACUAUGAAAGUUUAGAUGCCAAUCACCAUAUAAUUUCAAAGAUGAAAAAGCCUGGAAGGAGGAGAGAUGACUAGAAACGAUUCGGUUGGCUGUUUUAUGUGUGGAUUAAUUGUAGGAGUACAGGUCCUUGUGCAUUUCAGGUAAAAUAACAACUCAAUGUUUAUAUCCCAGGACAAAUUAGCUAGCAACAGCAAGCUAGCUAAACAGGAUAAAUUAGCUAGCAAGUGGAAGCUAACUAGCUAAAUUGCCAUACAUGUUUAAUGGUUUUCGACCCGUCCCCAAAUUAAUGUCAUUGGUUCAGAGUUUGUUUUGAUAUUUAACCUGCGUGUCGAUGUUUGCGUUUGGUGUAGGGGAACAAAAUAAAUGUAUGCACGAUGGUGUACAAGCUCA